AUGAAUGCCGAAGAACCCAAAUCCCCUGUUGAAUGGGAUAGUACAUUGCACGGGGUUCGCCUAUAUAUUGGUGCAAUAGGUCUCGGAUUGGCUCUUUUCCUCACUUGCCUUGAAGCAACCAUCGUUAGCACGUCACUUGUCACGAUUACCAAUAAUCUUGGGAAUUCGAAUCAAGGCAGCUGGAUCAUCACAGCUUAUCUGCUCACAUAUACAGGAUUCCUGAUAGUUUGGUCGAAUUGCAGUACCAUAUUAGGCGUCAAAACUGCCGUACUCGCAUCUCUCUUUCUUUUUGUUGUUUUCUCCGCCGGCUGUGCAGCAUCUCAGACACUCAAUCAACUUAUCAUUUUCCGAGCUUUUCAAGGACUCGGAGGUGCCGGCGUCUACUCUUUGACGCUUUUCUCGUUUGUUCGAAUUGUGCCUUAUCAGCACUUCGACAAGGUCAGUUCACUGGCUGGUGGCAUCUCGUCAUUGGGCCUUGUCCUUGGUCCACUGCUGGGUGGUGCUAUUGCCAAUAAUGGCAGUUGGCGCUGGGUGUUUCUCUAUAAUGUUCCCGCGGGUAUCGUAUCCUGGGUUUUCAUCUCAUUUGCUCUUCCCACUCACUUCCCGCACGCCAGCCCAGAUCAUGCCCCCGGUCUUGAGUCACAGUUCUGGCUGGCUGGAAAAUCCUUCUUCUGUCGUGUGGAUAUUUUGGGCUCGUUUUUGACUUUGAUCUCCUGCUCAUUCAUCAUCGCUGCCCUUCAGGAGGGAAACUCCGAGUAUGUAUGGGGCUCUGGGCUAGUCAUCGCGUUCUUCGUCAUAUCAGGCGUUGCUUGUAUUGCCUUCAUUUAUUGGGAGUGGUUUAUCUGCCGCCAUGAUAUCGGGAUAAUCCCGAUGUUCCCAUUGUGGCUAGCACGCAAUCGUGUGUUCAUGGGAGUUGCGUUAGGAUUUUUCACAACAGGCUUGCCUUUAUUUGUUUGCAUAAUUAAUGUUCCACAAAGAUUCCAGAUCGUCAACGGAAGUUCCCCGAUCGGAGCAGGCGUUAAAUUGCUUUCAUUCUCGGUCAGCUGUCCGAUCGGCAUUAUAGCCUGCUCCAUCCUUGCGGGGAGAUUAUCGAUUCCCUUCUGCUACAUAAUACUUGCUGGUGUAGCCUGUCAAGUGUCGGGUCUUUUUCCCUAUUCUUGUGUGGAACCGGUCACUGAUCUCUGGCUUGGCCAAUUCGGAUACCUCGUUCUGGCCGGACUAGGGGUUGGCUUAAGUGUAGCCGCCUUCUACAUGGCGGCACCGCUUGUGGUUGAUCGGGAUGAUCAUUCAGCGGCAGUUGGAAUCGGUAUACAGUUUAGAACCCUUGGUGGUGUUCUGGGUGUCGCUGCUUCAGCCUCAAUUCUUAACCACUACAUUCAGAGCCGACUUUCAUCCACUUUGCUUCCUUCAGAACUAGCUGCCUUGUACGAAACAACCGAAUCGAUCUUGUCGCUGUCACCAGACGUUCAAACCCAUGUUCGGGAUGUUUACGCAAUGGCUUACAACACGCAAAUGAGGCUUGCUGGUUCAAUCUCAGUUGCCCAGUUAUUUGCCGUGGCAUUGAUGUGGAAAAAGAAUAACGUUCGAUUUUACAAGGCAAAGCAAGUUCUUAGCUCAGCUGAAUAG